AUGUUGCUAGAACUAAUAUCGGUACCCUCGGGACAGUUUCUCCUUCUAGCCCUUUAUCUUUGGUUAUCAUGCUUUGACUUUGUUUCAGCCCGGCGAAAGACCCCUACCGCAGCAGCGAACCAAGACAAUCCGCCAUGGUACCACCCACCAGACUUCUAUGUGACGGCCCAAGAAUGGGAUGACUUUAUCAAGCCUCCUAAGGACCAUAACUACCUCGAAGACCCCGUAUGGUAUAUCUUCCACGGCGGAUAUAUACUCCGCGACUUCUCUAGACAACAAGAAAUGCUAGCUACGAUACUAGCAAACUAUACGGGCGAUAAUACGUGGCUAGAUUUCCGGACGCAGUAUUUUAAGAUCAUUGCGCCGUUGACAACGGAACGGUAUCCUAUCAACUCUGAGGUGGAUGGAUACCCGAAUUAUAUGCAGAAGGAGUGCAGAGUCACCCGAAGGAAGCUGAAAAACUCUUAUAAGGAGAAAAUAGAGACACAUUUGACUAUCGAUAUCCACCUUGAAUUAUGGAUUGCGGGGGGUCGAUGGACACGUCUGCCGAGCGGGACGACCCUCGUAAAGGGGGUAGCAAAUUAG